AAUGCCGCCGACUUCAGGCGAGAUUUGGGACCAAGCUUUACCGCCGGAGGAUGUCGACAUUGAUAUUUUAUUACCAAAUUUUUUCAUUAUGCCAAUUACCGUUAAAACAGAUGAUGAUUUAGAGAAAAUUAAGGCGACUGUUUGGAAAAAAGCUAGACAAUUACCCAAUUUUGAAAAUCUAUCCGAUAAAAGUUGCUAUAAUUUUCAAUCAGUUACGAAAGAUGCUAAAGUUGAAGAAUUUUGUGAUGAAACUCGUCGUUUAUGCGAUCUCAGAUUAUUUCGAUCAUUUCUUAAAUUAGUUGACCGUAAAGGUGAUCACAGUGAAGAAAUUUUUCAAUCCGAAUUAUCAACUUUAGUUGGUCCAACUCUUAAUGAAUUUACAGCUCAGCCAAAGAGAGAAGAAUCUUGCUUCCGGUUAAAUAUGUUCAAAUUUUGUUCCGAUAUUGUUAAAAAACGUUAUAAUAAUUUUCUCGAUAUCGAAAACACAACAAGGUUUCUCUAUCCAGCUAGAUUGGAUAAAACUUCUAAAGAUAUAUUCGCUCCUAAACCGUUUUUCAUAAAAUUUCGGAUUGAAGAUUCAAGUUUUACAAAGCAAAUUGAUGACCGUUAUACUCCUUCUAAAAUAGUUAAAGUAUGCUGCGAAAAAGUAGAAAGAGUUAAAAAAGAAUUAAAUGACGAAGAUUAUGUCUUAAAAGUUUUUGGAUCUGACGAAUAUUUAAUUCACGAGAAGACAAUUUCUCAUUAUAGAUAUAUAAGAAUGUGCUUAUUAAGGAAUAUUCAACCUGAAUUUGUUUUGGUAAAGCAGAAAGUUUUUCGGGAAACAAUCGAAUUAUUUUUAAGAGAUUCACGCAUUCAAAAACCUCAAGAGUUUAAUACAGAGAGAUUUAGAAAAAUUACACAAAGAGAACGUAUUUCCGGUACGUUAUCGACGUCAUAUAGAGAACCUCAAACUAUUCUCAUUCGAAGCGGCUCUUACGUUAAUCUUCAAGAUGGUAAAGUUUAUGUUAAAGUCGCUCUUUUUAAUGGCCAAGAUCAAUUAGGAAAAACUGUUCAAACAACUGCCAAAAACGAUCCAAAUUGGGAGCAAGUACUAACAAUACCAAAUAUAGGAGUUUGUCAUUUACCAAGAACAACCAGGGUUGCAUUUGCUAUUUGUACGACGCAGCAGAAGAAAAAUAAGGGACAUGGUGCCGUGGCGUGGGCAAAUAUGAAUUUAUUUGACUUUGAGGGAAAAACUCCAAGAGGUGAUGUUACAAUUCAUAUGUGGCCAACAUCUCCAAGGUGUUCAGAUGCUUUAAAUCCGUUAAGAGGAGUUGAGCAAAAUUAUGUUGAACAAGAGAAGACUACAUUGAUCGUUUGCUUCGACAAAGUCGAUUGUGUUCUAAGAUAUAUGAAUGAUGAUGAGUUUCAAAAACAAUGCGAAAGCGAAACGAUUUCUUAUAAAGAAUCAAUAAUAAGUGAUCACAUUAUUAAUAAUAUAUUACGCCAAGACCCCGUUAGUGCUUCAGAGUUGAACUGCGAAGAAUUGACUUGUUUAUGGGGUGUCAAAAAUAAAUUAAGAAAAGACUACCCACAAUCUCUGCCACUUCUAGUUAGAGUUAUACCAUGGGAACCUCGCGACAAUGAAGAUGAUUCACCUUUUUCAUUUUAUAAAUUAUUAGAACAAUGGCCUCCACUAGAUACUUACACUGCCUUACAACUUCUUUCGCCAGCUUGCACAGACCCAAAAGUUAGAGACUUCGCCGUUAAGUGUUUAUAUAGACAAUUAAGCGACGACGACGUGGAAAUGUAUCUACUUCAAUUAGUACAAUUGUUAAAAUCUGAAACUUAUUUAGAUAACUCAUUAACAAGAUUCCUUUUAGAGAAAUCACUGUCAAACGCUUUUAUAGGACAAUCCUUCUUUUGGCAUUUAAAAUCAGAAAUUAAUCAAAAUAUUGAUUGUAGAAGACGUUUUACCUUAAUUUUGGAAGUAUUUUGCCGGACUUGUGGUCCACUUUUUCCAAUAUUAAGAAAACAAAUGCAGGGUGUUGAAAAAUUGUCAUUUUUAACAAAUUGUUAUAAAGAUGAGACAAGCAAUUUAGUAGAACAACAAAAAAUAGCUCAAGAUUUAAUUAGUAAACACGAUUGUAUUGAAGCUUUGCAAAAUAUACGAUGCUCGGUUAAACCGGAAGUUCUUUUGCAAGAUUUACAAGUUACCGAUUCGAAAGUGAUGGGUUCUAAGAAACGACCAGUUAGACUAUGUUGGAAAAUAAGAGAAAAAGCACCACCUUUCGAAUACGGUUUAAUAUUUAAAAAUGGCGAUGAUCUCCGGCAAGAUAUGCUCACUUUACAAGCUCUUCAAAUUAUGAAUAAGAUUUGGCAACAGAAUAAUUACGAUUGUCGAAUGAAUGCCUAUGGUUGCCUUUCAACCGGUCGCGAUAAUGGUUGGAUUGAAGUUGUUCAAAAUGCUAAAACUGUCACUCAAAUUCAAAAAAAUAAAGGUAUAUUAGACGCUGCUCAAGUUAAGCAUAACGCCCUUCACAACUGGAUUCGUAAAAAGAAUACAAAAGACGAAGACUAUGAAAUAGCCGUUGCAAAUUUCCAGCAUUCGUGCGCCGCUUAUUGCGUAGCUACAUUCAUUUUGGGAAUAGGUGAUAGACAUCCGGAUAAUAUUAUGGUUACCGAAAAGGGUAUGGUUUUUCAUAUAGACUUUGGCCAUUUCUUAGAUCACCGAAAGAAAAAAUUCGGUAUUCAAAGAGAACGUGUUCCAUUUGUGUUAACAUCAGACUUUAUGGCUGUUAUCGGCAAAGGAGAUAAGAGUUUGAAGAAUGAAAACAAUCAAAAAUUUUUUAAGUUAUGUACAGAAUUAUAUAGGAUUAUCCGUCGUGAAGCGCAUCUUUUUCUCACAUUGUUUAUGCUCAUGAUUCCUUGUGGAUUACCGGAAUUACAGUCUAUUGACGAUCUGGAAUAUUUGAAAAAAACUUUAGCCGUAACCCGUGAAGAAAAAGAUGCCAUAGCCUACUUCUGUAAACAUUUAAAAGAAGCUUACGGUGCUUCAUGGACAACAAAAUUGGAUUGGCUUUUCCACAAUUUAGCAAAUUAA